AUGUCCGUCACACUACUCCUCCUCUUCCUUACGCUACCGAUGGUCAGUAGUCACGAGUUGAGGAGGAGACGGUCAGUGGCACCAUUCUUGGGAUCCGGAGGCUCAAGUUCAAAAGCAAUGUUGAUUCCAAAAAACUUGUGGCAUUGUGGAAGUGACGGAUUUACAAGCGAUUAUUCGUACUCUGUUGUUGAAGAAAGUUGCCCCACACUUGCAGCUGCUAUUAAUCAUUGCUGCGCGAUUCAUGAUGACUGUUACGGGCAGCAAUUUCCUCGGGAAAUGUGUGACCAGGACUUCUGCAAGUGUACCAAGGAUGUAACUCGUCUACCAACUGCAGAAAGUACUCGAUGCCGACCUUUCAUGGAAAAAGAGGCUUGUUUAGCAAUUGAGUUUGGAGGAUUCUUCGCAUAUCUUUUUUCGAACUAUUCGGACCCAUCUUCACCAUCAAAUAAUGAUUUGGUGGUGCUGGAUAACACUCCUGAAAGUGAUUACAUGAACUUGUACUCGAUGUGUCCAUUCGCUAAUAUAACUCUCGCAUCUUGUGCUGUUAACUUCAAUCUUUGCUCAUCAGUACAUUCCGUCGAUUUUUGUGCCGCUGAUCUCUGUCACUGCACAAUGGAUGCUGCGGAUACGGAUGUACUUCACAACGAUACGUGCUUACCAGCUGUCACUCACACUUGUAGAGCAGUUUUGAGCCAUUCGAGCAGAGUUCUUGCCUCUCAAAACACCAGAAACUUAUUCAUUAUCGUUCUUUCUGUCCUCACCAUCGUUUCUCUCGGGUUUGUUGGGAUCUACAUGUUCACAAAAAGUAAAGGAAGCAGCAAAAUGAUGGAAGAGGGAAAGUAUCUUCAAAUUCAUACAGUCGAGUCGGCCAGAUCUGUCAACCCCUUGCUCACCAACACGGAUUGA